UAUAAAUCAACAACCCCAUGACGACCUCAGCUUCUUCAAACCUUCCACAUCUUCGCAUCAAAUUCGCAUUUCAAGCCUUCAAUUCAGAAGUCAAAAGUUCCGCCGCCUGGAGAAAGUCACGCUUCCAUCCUCUUCACAUAUACCUCACCAUACCCCCAAAAUGUCCGCCUCUUCCCCUUUGCUGAGCAACAGCGGCGACAGCUCCCGCAACCCCGCCAGGGCAAACCACACAAACGCGGCCGCCCCUUCACCCCUCGCCAAAGGCCUCCUCACCUUUCUCGGCGUCGGCCGCGUCGUCUUUGGGGCCGGCUGCCUCCUUGCCCCAGCCCUGACCCUGAGCAUACUCGGUGUCUCGACCUUGUCCGCCGAAGCGGCUCUCAUCACGCGCAUGUUCGGCGCACGCGAGAUUGUCAUUGGCAAGGGACUUCUGCUUGCGGAGCGCAGCGCGGGUUUCGCCAGACGUGGCAACACGGCUGCUGAUACUGGGGUUCAAUUUGCGAGCCGCGAGGGAGUAUGUCGUGCGAUAUGGGUUGGUGUCGCCGCGGACGGGUUGGAUGCGCUUGCUCUUGUUGCUACGUUUGCGAUGGGUUCGUCGGUGGAUGGGAUCGCGAUAGCUAGGAUGUUGGGGGCGGCGUUGAUUAUGGUUGUUACGGGUUUAGAGACGGCUUGGUUGUACCCAUGAAAGGAUACAUUUGUAGUAUAGCGCGUAUUGAUAUUUGGAACGUAGAACAUGGCGUUGCCAUGUUUC